UUCGUCUAAUAUAUUGGGAAAUUGGACACAGGUCGAACCAAAAAUCGAAUAAGGGUUAAAAUUCCUUUAUUGACGGUUGUGAGCAUUUGAAAUGGGUCAGCAGGUACAUCGGGUCCCAGCGCGGCGGGGCGGUGCGCGCGCGCCUGCGCUCAUUCGCUUUUUGCCCACCUUUCGACUCGCGCGCAGCCUCCACCAUUGUUCGCCAGUCGCCACGCAUUUCUCUCACGUGGGAACUGUUGACUUCUUCGUGGUAUACCAUCGGCGCCAUUCAUCCGCAUCAGUCGCGUGGACCGCACGUAAUGGUACAUUUAUUGACAAGUGCGAGCUUUGUGUUAUCGUGAGGGUGACUGUGAUAUGAAAAGAGGAUUACGGCAUGUUGGGUGAUGUCCGGGACGUUGCCUGGUGAAAGUUGAGUGAUGAUCAAAUAGACAUAGUGAUUGGGAUCUUGUUGACAGAUAAGAGACAUGGCGGUCGCGCCGAUUUUUCCGGUGUUGAUCCUUGCUAUAGUCACAAGAUGUAAAGGCGAUCACACGAGUGGAUACAGCACGCACGGUGGGAACAGCGCCUCUCAGUUCGGCGCCCUGCUCAAGCCGCCUCCGCCGCCGCCGCUCCCUCCCAUAGUGCCAGUGCCAUUCCAUACUGGUGCAGACCGAAAUCAACGACAAAACACAGAUGUCGGCUAUCAGUACCAAACCCCACCCCCACCGCCACCUUCUAGUGAAUUCAAAUUCCCAGCACCAUUCUACAAACAAUAUAAUUUUAACUUUGUUCCACCACCCCAGCCAUUUUCUACCACGCCAUCACCUUCUUUAUUCCAAAAAGUCUCAGGAUGGCUUUUCCCAUCACAGCAAACUAGUUACUCAGAAUCCACUUUAUUUAAUAACGUAGGUCCAAUUAAGAAAGAUUGCAACCCUUGCAAUUUAGUGCCAUGGUUACCAGUAAUUAGAUACAAUUUAGGAGGUAAAAGUACAUAUCAAAAUUCGUUGCCAACAUAUGGACCCCCAAGUCCUACAGCUUACGCAAAUUUGUUGAAAGGUAAUCCACAUCCGUUCAAUUCUCCAUCUCAAAAACAGCCAUUACCGCAGCUUUCACCUGGAGUGCCACAUGCAAAUUACGGUCCUCCAAAGUUAUUCUAUAAUGGUGGUAGUUCUGGUAUCAUUAGUUCCACUUAUGGGCCUCCUAGCGCCACCCACACUUUAGACGUUAUAUCGCCAAAUCCUCACAGUUCGACAUACUCUCAACCUAGUUCAUCUUAUCAGUCUCCAAGCUCUUCUUAUCAUACUACAAGUUCGGGUUAUCAACCACCUAGUUCGUCAUAUUAUACACCAAGUACUUCGUAUCAGCCACCGAGUUCAACAUACCUGUUACCGAGUACUUCUUUAGAGCCUAUGAACUUUUAUAGUUCGCCUAGUUCUACUUACCCACCACCUAUUUCUUCGUAUGGUACCCCAUCUCCAUCUUACGACACGCCUCGUCCUGUGACUACACCUUUCCAACCAGUCACUCCUCAAUACGAGCCAGGGACACUUAAUAAAGAAUUGCCCCCACAAAAUGACGUGGAAUUAUUAGAUAAUUUCUCACCAAAUGGAGAAUUACAGUUACCCAAAGUGUCUCCCCCGACUUCGUUUAAAAAUUCAUACGGAGAACCCAUAACAAAUACACACCUUUUUGAUAUAUCAUAUCCUAUAUCAGCUACUGCAGCUGAAUCAUAUAAAGUCAAAACAAAAGUUUUACCCAACUAUAGCACAAAACCACCAACACCUAACACUACUUUUGCCUUAUCUAAUCCAGCUCCAUUCACUUUGAAUAGAGGCAGAAAUAUUCAUACACUACAGCCAGUGGCAUUGCCUAACCUUAGUGUAUCACCUUUACCACCAAUUUUCAACGCUAGACCUUUCAGACCUAUCUCACAACAGUUCCCUUCAAAUAUUCUCAAAGGAAUAAACCAAAUGCAACAGUCCAGCAGCAACGUACAUGUGGAACAAAGCAUACCUAUAGCUGAAUUUACGCAUUCGGUAGAUUAUCCUGCUACCGUUAUUCAAUCACCAAUAAUUGAAAUAGAUCCUCCUACAAUUUCCAAUCAAACUAAAGCCUUUAGAAACAUACCUAAUAGCUAUGUUGUAGACGAAAUUAGGGAUAUAUCGUCCCAGGCUUCAGAAGAUCAUAUUUCAGCAACAAAAUCGAUACCAGAUGCAAGUUUUGAGUCUACAGGAACUGAUGUUGGUAAUGAAUUAUACGAUUCUAGUGUCCCUGCUGAAUUGAAAGGAAUUUCUCGUGUUCCAUCUAAUCAUAAACCUACCUUUGCUGACUUACGAGGUGUCAAUGAUAAAGAUGUUGAUAAAUACCGUACAGAAAGCAAUUUACAAAAUAUUGAUUCCCCACUUUUAUACCUAAAGCCAAGUGCGCCACAUAAAAGCCACGGAAACUUUGUGUUAGCUAUUUCCUCACCCGUACCUGAUAAUGAAUACGAAAUUUAUGACGAUAUCCCAACAACUGCGGCACCCGAAACUCAUACCCAAACAACCAGUUGGGACGAAAGUAGAAACGAAUAUAGCGAAGAUCGUUCUCCACCUAUGCAAGAUACUGGAUACAAGCCAAAGAUUGUACAGAUAAUAGUACCGUAUACAACUGGAAAGAAACAGGAAGAAAAAGAUGGGGAUUAUGUACAAAUGUCCGAAGACUGGCCUUCCACACCAAAAGAUACUGUAUAUCAAGCUCGAAAAGUUCCAUCUGACAUAGACGACUCUUAUGAAAGCCCUGUUACUGAAAGUGAUAGUACCUCUGGCACCACUACCACUGAGGAAUCGAUCGCGACAGACAACUAUGAUUCGGAUCGACUAAACACAGCCAGUUCAUUAAAAGAUUUCUAUGACGUCAAGGAACCUCCUUUCGAUAUAAUUAAGCUUCAACAUACUAUUGAUGACUGGACGGAACAAGAGUAUUCCAAGCAAUAUAAGACUCCACAAAGAACUCGAAAUAGCGAAAAGUAUGCUAAACAAAUUCCUGAUGACUAUUUCACUACCACCAUGCCAACAAAUUACGUUACUACAACAAGCAAUUACAAUUACGAUUUCUAUGAUCAUGAAGGAUCCAGUAGCGUUCAACAUUCAGUCACAGAUGAAAGUAACAAUACAAUAAGCAAACCUCGAAAAGAAUAUAAUACAAUAGAGAGAACGAAAACUAAGACAAGCAGUGGUAAACAUGAAGAGUUUGAUGAAGUACAGAAACUGCAUAUUUAUACAGCAGCGAGUUCGUUCCGUACUACAAGUACAUCUACUACAACCACAACCACGCCAGCGCCGUGGGGUAAAAUACAAACAGCUAUAUCACCUCUAACGAAAGAAAAAGUCUACGUGGUUACAUCGAAACCUUGGAGGGAGACAAAGAAUGGCUCAAGCGAAUGGUACGAAGUGGCACCGUUUGAAUCGAAGAGAACGAACUCCGACGGCGAUUAUUCAGCUUCCAAUCAUUUCCCCUUCAGGUCUCCAAGGUUUAUGAAUCGACCGUCUUUUGGUUUUACUUCAGGAGGAAAAAUUGAAUCUGAUUCAUCGUUCGGAUUUUCUAAAAGCUGGUACCACAGUAUAAAUGAACUGGACACUCAAGAGGACCACACUACUUCGUCCUUGCCCGAGGCUACUCAUCAGAAAGUUACCACGAACUCGGACGAGGACUCACCUACUGGGAACGAAGAAUAAUCUAACAAACGGACUUUCUCAAAACUAAUUAAUUAGUGACAGUGACAUUUUAAACAAUGGCUAAAUGAGUGAGUGUGUGGUACAGAGCAAAUUAAGAAGAAUACGGAACAAGUGCUCUUUUUAAUUUGAUCAAGUUUUAAUUAGAUUCUAUAAGUGUUAUUGGACGCUAGAAAAUAGAUAUAAAGUUAACCAAAGUGGGACUUGAUUUAAAAUAGGUAUUAUUUCAUGUAUUUUAAGAGUAUUCAUAAAUAUCUAUCCUUUAAAAUAAUUUAGAACGAUAUUUCAAGUAUUACAUGUAUCGAUAUAAAGAAAUGCUAGUAUAUUUUGUAAAUAUUGAAUUGUAAAUAAAUGAAUGAAUUGUAAAA